CACAUUUCUAUUGCACGAGCGAGCACGAACGGCAGAGGGAGCCAGCGAUGCGGUUAGGCGACGGCGACGUGGCGGGGGUGCACACCUUCCGGAAGGCCGCGCAUAUGGUGUGGGAGGAAUCGAAGCUCCUGUGGGGCAUCGGCACACCUAUCGCCGUCAGCACACUUAGCUUGUAUGCUGUUGGCUCCAUCACCACCAUCUUCGUCGGCCACCUCGGCAACUUGCCACUGGCCGCGGCCUCAAUCGGUAUCUCCGUCUUCUCCACCUUCGCCCUUGGAUUCAUGAUGGGCAUGGGGAGCGCGCUGGAGACGCUGUGCGGGCAGGCGUUCGGCGCUGGUCAGGUGGCCAUGCUCGGCGUGUACCUGCAGCGCUCCUGGAUUGUCCUCGGUGUCGCCGCGCUCCUCAUGGUGCCCUUGUACGUCUUUGCCGAGCCGGUGCUCCUGGCCUUGGGCCAGGACCCUAACGUGGCGCGCGAGGCCGCACGCUUCGCGCUGUACAUUCUCCCCGGCGCCCUUUCCUUGGCAGUCAACUUCCCCAGCGGCAAGUUCCUCCAGGCGCAGAGCAAGGUCCUGGUCCAAGCCUGGAUCGGGGUCGCCGGACUCGGCUUCCACAUCACGCUCACCUACCUCCUCGUCACCGUGUUGGGAUGGGGAUCCCCAGGCGCCGCCGUGGCAUACAACAUCUCGCUCUGGGCCAUCGCGCUGUGCCAGGCGGCCUACAUCAUCGGCUGGUGCAAGGACGGCUGGAGGGGAUGGUCCAUGGCGGCUUUGCAAGACAUGUGGUCGUUCGUGAGGCUCUCGCUUGAGUCAGCCGUCAUGCUCUGCCUUGAUAUUUGGUACAUGAGCAUGAUCCCGGUUCUCACUGGCCAUCUUCAGGAUGCGCAGCUAGCCGUAGACUCGCUUGGGAUCUGCAUGAGCGUAGAAGGAUGGGCGCUUAUGAUCUUCGUUGGCCUCAAUUCUGCUAUCAGUGUCCGAGUCUCCAAUGAGCUUGGUGCUGGACGUCCAAUGGCAGCCAUGCACGCUGUCAUCGUCGUCAUCGCCGAGUCGCUCCUCAUCGGGCUGCUAUGCAUGCUCCUCGUCUUGAUCUUUAGAGAUAAGUUCUCCAUCAUCUUCACUAGCGAUUUGGAGCUCCGACACGCUGUCUCCAAGAUUGCUGGACUGCUUGGGGUGACCAUGGUGCUCAACAGCCUGCAGCCUGUGAUUUCAGGGGUUGCUAUUGGAGGAGGAUGGCAAGGCCUUGUUGCAUACAUCAAUCUAGGCUGCUACUACGCAUUUGGGCUACCCUUGGGGUACCUUCUCGGCUACCACUUCAACUACGGAGUUGGGGGGGUCUGGGGUGGCAUGCUUUGCGGGGUUGCACUCCAGACACUUAUGUUACUCUUCGUAGUGUGGAGAACGGAUUGGAAUGUAGAGGCCAGACUAGCUUCGAGCCGUGUGCGCAAAUGGGGCGGCACCGACGUAACCAGCCCACUCCUGGAAGAGAACUGGCUAGAGAACUGAAGCAUCUUUUAUCUCAUCUCAAUACUCUAGAUGUUUUGAGCCAGAUGAUAUCAUCAAUAGGAUAUGGAAAACAGGUCGGAAAUGUUGAAUUACUAUAUCCAUCAAUACAUCAUCAUGAGGCUGUAUGUGGAUGCCAGGAUGUUUUUUCACCUAUUAUCUGAAAUAAGAGGCCAAUAAGCAGUACGUACAUGCUGGACACAAUCUAUCUGAUUCAUGUGCUGCAAAGACAUAACAAGGCUAUUAUUUUUCUUGAAGCGUC